CCACAAAGAACCUCCCCCAUAUUCGAGUUUCGUCAGUGUUGAAGUUCUGCCUACGCCCAUUCCGAGUCCACUAUCCCAAGACCCGGAGAACGUGGCUACUCUACACGCAUCGAUCAGGCGGGCAAAUUCUGGACCUUUCAGCCUCGCUCAGCAGGCGUCAUGGCUCCCCAGGGGAAACAGCUGUCGGACCGGCAGCUCAGCGCCCUGUUCAACAUCCUGGUCCACCACGAGACCUACUCUGAGGUCGAGAAGUUCAAGGAUACGAUAGGGAUCCAGGGCUAUGGCUACCCUUUCGUCGAUCAGGUCUCACCGGGAAAUGACUCCACGCACGAUGCCGCACUCUCACACUCACCACUCCUACAACUGCUGCUGACUAGCUUCGUGCUCUCGGCCCCUGGCUUCCGCGACCUGCCUCCCGAGUUCUGGAGCGUCAAGUUCAAGGGCAUGAUGGAACGUUUUGGCAAGGCGAACCUGUCCGAAAGCUACGACAAGGGCACGUUGGGUACCAGGAAACGGCUGGCCUGUGCUGCCACGGUCAUCCAUGAGGGCGUUACCCGGGGUCUUCUUGCUGGGAUUCCCCAUGGCGAGAAGAAGCCAGAUCUGCACAAGAAUUACGACCUUGCUUCAGCAACAGACAUUACGGAGGCGUAUGAGGAUGCCCUGACGGCACUCAUCCACGAUGAUCUGGUCAAAGAGCUGUUUGACCACUUGGCGACUACGGCGGACUUCGAGUCGCACUCACCAGCCGUGAAGGGUGCGAUGGACUAUGCAAUCAUACAUGUAGCGACACUGCUGCACUACAUUUUUGUGCUUUCCGCCGAGGGUCCAUAUCUGGUCAAGAUGGUCGAGAAUAUCCACGGCCUCAUCCCCUACAACUUGAUCAGGCAGACCCUCCGCGUCGGAAACGCGGCGACAAUGAUCAACGGCAUGGCCAGGUUGUUCCUGGCGAAGAUGGGUAUAGGAGCCAUGACCAACUGGUUCGGUCUGACCAAAGAUGCGAGCGACGGCAUGAACUUGAUGCAGCGGAUAAUCUCAAUGGUUUUAGACUGGGAUGCAAGUGACUUCCGCAAGGCGGCCGCGCGCAUCAGGAAUGCAGACGGCCACGUCAACAGCCAAUACCUAGAUGCCAUUGACAAGCACAUCCAGGCAUCAAGAGAACAGCAAGAAGAAGUCCGCGAGAAGAGCAUGAGGGGGAACAGGUCCAUCAUCGUGGCCAUCUUGGAGUCGGCCGAUCUGGAUGUGCCGGAGGAUUUCUCAGCCGAGGACCACCAGCAAUGCCUGGAUUACUACGCCGCGAAGCUCGCCGUGUGGGACCGCGAGGUGACCAUCAAAGCGACCUGCGAGCAGAGCCCAGACUAUAUCACGGGCAUGGUCCGCGACAGCAUCAAGGCGUUUGAGCCGAUGCUGCGGAGCGUCCAUGACAAUGUCGAUCUCAAGAAGCUCAUCAGUGCAGCGGAGAAUUUCAUGAACGAUGCGAUUGCUGUGGCAAAGUGCCAGUCGCCCGACAACCGACAGAACAAGACAUCCAGCAAGGCCAGAUCUGCGCCUAGCAAGGCAACCGUCGACGACUAUGUGGCGCUUCUGCACAGGCACAAGGAGGGUUUCAUGUAUGACUACCUUCACAACGUGGCCAAGUCGUGUCCGGAUAUCAGGGACAUGUGGUGCGCGUGGAUCUCAGAUAUCGUCAAGAUCUUCCGAGACACUUACGAGCCUGGCUCGCAGUGGCAAGUGAAAAAAGAUACAACUGAACCAUCAAACUCUGAAAGAGACAGGAGGGUUUCCGCGGAUUCCAGCGACGGUGUCGGUCGCAUGAGCGACGACCUCCAAACACUCUUCGCACAAGCCCCCGCCUCGAAGCAGACCGGUAUCAUCUCCGCCAUUGACGAAUACAUAGAGUUUCUCGAUGAUCUAGAGGAGAUUUCCAAUACGCGCAUGCAGCGUCUCAUUGAUGAGAGCGGCAACAUCAGCACCAGCGGCACGCCCAGCACCACCAGUACAUCAUCCCAACCCGGCGCGACGGACACAAGCGCCAAAAAUACAGCAAGCCGCCGCCGCCGCGGUGGCGGCGGCAACAUGGCUGGACCAGGCGUCUACCUUGCCAUGUUUGAGCACCUGCUCAACAACACACCGAUCACGCCCGACACGCCAACAGGGCCACCGCGCAGAGGCAAGGACGUAAAGUCGGAGCUCGGCCACGGCAAGACCGAGGCGAAGACCGGGCCUGCUGGUCCUGGUGCUGCAGACUCCCAGAGCACCCCAGAGGGUCGGGACACGCCUGGGAAGACACCAAGCAUUCGGUCCAUCUCCUCGUCCUCUUCAAAAUCAUCAUCAGCAGCAGGAUCGUCCAAGAAGAAGGCCGGGCGACCUCAGGGCAGCAAGGCUGGAAGCACGACAAACACGAGCAGCGCUGCUGGAUCCGGCGGUGCGAGCGGCAGCGAAACGUCGAGCAUCACGAGCAAUCUCACCCCUGAGCCACCUGACGUGAGCGUUGUCAUUGACGCGCUCGGUGGUGGGUUCCAGAAGCUAGUGGCAGAGAUAUCGCUCAGGAGUCUGCCGCCUGCGGCGAGGGGCGAGAAAGAGUAGCAGUUGUUUGGGUGCAAAUAUCGGGUGCGCGGGGGGAUCGAUGGUCUAGUGAUUUCUCAUUAUGGGGGUGUGUUCGAAUAGAGUGAUGGACUGAGCGGAACUGACAUCUAAUGGUCUUGCCUGUCCUCUAGUACACAAGCAACAAUAGUAAGAGAUGUGUAUGUGUAUGUGUAUUAUCAUCAAGAAACGCCAUACC